CCCAGUUAGUUAUUAGAAAUUGAAGACUUGGCAAAGUCUGUCCUCAGAAUACCUUCAAAUCUUCCUUGCCAUACCUCAGGUUUUUUUGUUUUUUCGUUUUUGAGUAUAGUACUACCCUUUCAUUUAUAUUUUGGUUCUGAUGGUUCCACUAUUAGUUCUCUGAUUGGUUUGAUCAAAGAAUCAUUAGCCACACUGUAUGUUUGAUCUGUUUCAGUUCCAUGUAAGCCACAAAGUAAUGAAAUAAGAGUUUGUUAAUUUACUUAUAUGCUUCAGAUUGGCUUGGCAGCAUGAAUAUGGUACAGGAGGGGGAGGAGAGAUCAAGGGAACUAGAGACGAGAAGCUAUGAAGUUUCAAUUGAUAUUAACGAGUUAGUGGAAUCUAUAAAAAGGGAGAUUGAAAUCUUGGAUCCUUUAUCUGAUGAGUGCUGUAUUUAUAGAGUUCCCCAACAACUUCGUGAAAUAAAUGAAAAAGCUUACACACCUCGAGUAGUCUCCAUCGGCCCCUAUCACCAUGGCAAGAACGAGCUGAAAGCAAUGGAAGAAUAUAAAAGGAGGUAUUUGGUUGAUUUUCUUGAACGGAGUGAGAUAAUGUUCGAUAUCUUUAUUACAGGCAUUCAAGAAAUGGAGAAAAGAUUGCGUAAUAGCUAUGCGGAGACGAUUCGGCAUAGUAGAAAGGACUUCGUGAAAAUGAUGGCAGUAGAUGGUGCUUUCCUUAUCGAGUACUUGCUGAAAUGGUAUUUGAGAGAUUGGUCGAGUAGUGAUCGCAUAUUCAAUAAGCAGCAGUUGGGACAUAUGUUGUGCUUUGACCUAAUAAUGCUUGAGAACCAGCUUCCGUUCUUCUUUCUAGAGCACUUGUUUAAGCUUACAAAUGCAUCUAAGUUUGUGGAAGGACUUUCCAUUGUCAAGCUGGUCAACAUCUUUUUAAUAAACAUGACAGAACAGAACUGGUUGAGCAGCCAUUACCUUGUGCACGGAAACAUUGCAGUACAACAUCUUGUUGACUUUGUAGCAAUUUGUUUUCUACAGCCAUCAAAACCUAAUGCAAAAAGGAAAUGCAGGAGUUUAACUACACCAACAAUUUCGAAGCUCCAUCGAGCAGGGGCAAAAUUUAAAUCGAGUACAAGCAGAUGCUUGCUUGAUAUAAAGUUCGACAAGAAAAGGGGGGUCCUGGAAAUUCCACAAUUUAAAGUGACCGACUACACUGAAAUUUUCUCAAGAAACAUCCAGGCUUUUGAGCAGUGCCAUAACCGUGUCAAUUAUGCCAAUGACUAUUUUUCCAUCAUGGAUCUCCUUGUCGAUGUUCCAGAGGAUGUUGAUCUCCUUGUUCAAAGUGGAAUUAUAGAAAAUUGGCUAGAGGAUAACCAAGCUGGCGCAACCUUUUUUAACAGCAUGGGCAAACAUAAUCUUAUAUACGAUGAUUUCUACUUUUCUGGUUUGGUUGGCGAUCUUAAUGCAUACUGCAGAACUCCUUGGCACAACUGGAAGGCAAGCUUGAAGCAAAAGUAUUUCAAUAAUCCAUGGACUAUGAUCUCUGUUGCUGCAGCUGGUUUUCUCCUUCUACUCACUAUCAUACAAAUCGUAUGUUCUAUCCUUCAGGUUGUUUGGUGA